AUGCGCUCCAGUCCAGUCCUUCUCCUCCUCGCCCUGGCCCUCCCCGCCCUCACUUCCCCCAUCCCCCAAGAAGGCAACGAGCAAAUGGACCGCUUCAAUGUCUCCCCCACCCCCACGCUCGACGCCGUCCCUUCCGCCACAGCCACCCCCUCUGCCGCUAGUGUCCCCGAGCCCGUCGACCCUGCGAUGCAAGCCCUCGCCAAGCCUCCCCAGAUUAACGCCGACGACGGCAUGAAGACUGGGAUGGGCGCCGCUAUGUCCGGCCUCGGCUCUGUCACCUCCGGGCUCUCCGGCCUCCCAGUUGUCGGCGGCCUGGGCGGCCUGGGCGGCCGUGAUGUCGCGGUAAAGAAGAGAUGGGCCCUGCUGGAAGGACUACCUGUUGUAGGCCCUCUUAUGAGUAGCGGCCUCAUGGGGCGAGUCAAGAGGACGUUGUUCCCUACGCUCGCGACCAUGCCGGACGUGGCCUCGAGCAUGCCGGACAUGGGCUCGAGCGGGGUGGUCAAUGUGGGGCACAAGGCCAAGAGGGAGGCUAAUCUUCUUUCAUCGCUGCCGCUGCUGGGCGGCUUGACGGCGUGA